AUGGAUAUCGAGGACUAUCGGGCAGCUUUCUCUUUGUUCGACAUUAACGGAGACGGGCAUAUAAGUCCCUCGGAGUUGGGUGCUGUAAUGAGAUCUAUGGGUCUGUAUCCGUCGGAAGGCGACAUCCAGCAAAUGAUCGCUGGAUUACCGAACAAGGAGAUUGCUUUCAAUGACUUUGUUGGACUGGUGACGAAGAACGUCGCGGGAACAAGUUUGCAGGACGAGCUGGAGGAAGCCUACCAGAUGUUCGAUCGUGACGGGAAUGGUCUAAUAAGUGCUUCCGAGUUGCAACACGUCUUAAAGCACUUGGGUGAGGACUUAAACGAUGACGAAAUAGCUGAAUUAAUUUGCGGCGUCGAUGGUGAUAACGACGCUCAAGUUAACUACUCGGAAUUCAUCAACCUCAUGACUUCCUCGAAUAGACCCGCGACGGCCGCUUCUGGUGAUGACUGGUAG